CUCAACUCACACUCACCACUCUCCUUGGAGCUAGCACUUCCCGUCCUGAGCCUUUUGCUAGUAGCGAGCGAGGUGUCGUGUUGGGAUAGGGAGAGACAGAGCGGAACCAUGGCGGCUCAGGGAAGGGGCAGUGCUGCUCGUGGCAACGCCGCCGCCGUGGCGGCGCUGGUCCUCCUCUGCGUGCUCCUCCACGGCGAGGUUGCUGAGUCCGCGGUGUACACCGUCGGCGACCGCGGCGGCUGGGGCUUCAACACCGCCAGCUGGCCCAGGGGCAAGCGCUUCCGCGCCGGCGACGUGCUGGUGUUCAGGUACAGCCCGAAGGCGCACAACGUGGUGCCGGUGAGCGCGGUCGGGUACAACUCGUGCGCCGCGCCCAGGGGCGUCAGGGCGCUCACCUCCGGCAACGACCGCGUCACACUGAAGCGCGGCGUCAACUACUUCAUCUGCAGCGUCCCCGGCCACUGCCAGGCCGGCAUGAAGGUCGCCGUCACCGCCGCCUGAGGCGCCGCCCGGCCGGCCGGCGGAACUUUAGUGCUCAACUAAUUAUUAGGCGGUGUGUUGUUGUUGUUGUUGUUCAAUAAUACCGUGUCGUCGCGUACGGCGUGCGUGCGUGUUAGUUGCUAGGCGCUGGCAGAUUGGCUGGCGUCUGUAGAGGAGGGACCGAUCGAUCGAGCAAUGUACGUACUGAUGCGUGUGAGGAGGAGCAAUAAAAGCAUAUGUACUAUACGGCUGCGUUUGUUUAAUUUGGGCUUA